AUGGCGCCCCCUCUAAAGCGCAUCCAAACCCACAAACAAGGCUGCUUCACAGCCACGACCUGCCCGCACUGCUCCGUACCGCUCGAAUACCUCUCCCCACCAUCACAGACCGCCCCCGACGAGUUUGAGCUCGAGUGUGCGGUGUGUAGGAAGGUUUGGACCGCAAAGGAGGGGAGGAAGGACGGUGGAGUCGCUGGGGCAAAUGGACAGCCGCAAGGGAAGAGGGACAAGCCGGUGUCUGGGAAGAGGAAGAUCGGGACCGAUGAGCGACCACUCGAGACCGAGUACUACGAUCUGCUAGGUUUGCCGAUCACUUGCACAGCCGAAGACGUCAAGAAGGCCUACCGGCGACUCGCCAUCAAGUACCACCCCGACAAGAAUCCCGACGACCCCACCGCCGCCGACCGCUUCAAAGAGAUCGCCGUCGCCUACACGACUCUCUCCGACCCGAAGCUACGCAAGCAGUACAACGAGUUUGGGAAGAGCAAGAAGGAUGGGGGUAGUGCGGAUGAGGCGGUUGAUCCGGAGGUCAUCUUUUCGACGCUGUUCGGAGGCGAACGCUUCCAGGACAUCAUCGGCACGAUCUCGCUCGGCAGCGAGAUGAAAUCCGCGAUGCAACUCGACGAAUCCGACGACGAAGACGAGUCCUCUCCCUCCUCCUCGACCGCCGUCUCCUCCACCUCGACCUCCUCAACCGCAGCGACCAAACGCACUAAGAAGCCUCUGACACCCGAACAAGAACGUCGACGCGCACUCAAGGCUGAACAGGAAGCGAAACUCGCGGCUGAGAAGCAGAAGGUUCGAGAGGAGAGGGUCAAGGUGUUGAGCGACAAGUUGAGGGACAAGUUGGCGCUUUAUGCGGAGCAGGCGCAGGGAGAGGAGGAUAAGCAGAUUGCGGAUGGGGUCCGGACGAUGUGGUCGAUCGAGGCAGAAGAGCUCAAGAAGGAGUCGUACGGCGUCGAAUUGCUGCAGGCGGUUGGCGUCGUCUACCAGAUGAAGUCCAAACACUACCUCGCCUCCACCGGUCCCGUCCCCUUCGGCAUCGGCGGCUGGUUCCACGCCGCCAAGUCCACCGCGCACAUCUUCAACCAAACGGUCUCGACCGUCCGAUCUGCUUAUGCGCUCAAGGACGUCUAUGAGGAGAUUCAGAAGGCUGAGCAGAGUGGAACGUUGAGUGAGGAGGAGAAGAGGAAGUUGGAGGAUAAGGCGGCGCAGAUGGGUCUCCACGCGCUGUUCAAGGGCGCCAAGCUCGAAGUCGAGUCGAUCAUCCGCGAAGUCUGCGACCGGCUCCUCACCACCCUCGCCCCGGAAGAAGCCAAGACCGUCUCUCCUGCGCUCUUGCGGAAACGAGCCGUCGCUCUCGGGAUCCUCGGCGAGGUCUACGCGAGCGUCAAGAAGGACCCGGGCAUGCCUGAUGGACCUUUUGGCGCGUUUGGGUUCGCGGCGGGGUCGCCGCCGCCUGGCGCGUAG